CAGUCAUCCUAGCAGCAGUGUCUCCGUUGUUUAUCAAUCAUUAAUAUUGUAUUAAACACUCUGGCUACACUCGGAGUAAUGAAACACUAUCAGAGUGUCUCAGUAUAGAACAGAAUCCAUCAUGGAGUCAGAAAACGGAGUUACGGAGUGAGAUGAGCGGAGCUAAGUAUGCUAACGGAGCUAGCCUGGGAGCUAACGGCCGACUGUUACUGAGCAGCAGAGAGAUGGAAAAAUACAUCCAGGAGGUGGUGGUGAAAGAUGAAGAGGUUCUCCCGGAGCCACAGGAGAGGAGCUCCAGUCUGAACCAGGAGGAGCCACCAGAACCAGAACACAUAAAAGAGGAACAGGAAGAACAGUGGAUCAGUCAGGAGAGAGGGGACCUUCAAGGAGCAGAGGAGGAUGACAUUAUCAUGUUCACAUUUAAUCCUGCCUCUGUGAAGAGUGAAGAAGAGGAUGAGGAGAAACCACAGAUCUUAGAGGUUCAUGAAGACCCAAAUGGAGAGAGCAGAGACACAGAGUAUUUGAAGACAGAAGUGGACAGAGACUUUGAUCCUGACAGUCACUUAGAACCAGUUACUCCUGAUGAGCCUUUACACCUUUCUGGAUUUGAUACUGAUGACAGUGCUGAUUGGGAGGAGAGUGAUGGACCUCAUGAACAUUUUAACCCUCUGCAAAAGAGAGGCAUAGCUCUUAGUGACAGGAAGUGUAACACUGGUGACACAUCAGUAAGCUCUUUUGAAUGUGCUCCAAAGUGUGGACAAAAGAAACGACAGAAGAAACACCAUGGAGAUAAACCAUUCAGUUGUUCAGUUUGUGGUAGGAGAUACCUUGUUAAGAAAAAAUUAAAACAACACAUGUUGCGUCAUUCAGUAGAGAAAAGUUUCAGCUGCUCAGUUUGUCAGAAAAGUUUUAUCUGGAAAGUAGAGCUGGUGAGGCACAUGGUAGUCCACACAAGUGAGAAACCAUUCAGUUGUUCAGUAUGUGGUAAACAAUUCAAACGACAUGGGGCCCUAAAGAGCCAUUCUAUUAUACACACAGGGGAGAAACCGUUUAGUUGUUCAGUUUGUGGUAAGAGAUUUUAUGAACUUGGAAAUCUAAGAGCACAUGCAGUUGUCCAUACAGGAGAGAAACCUUUUAGUUGUUCCGUUUGUGGCAAAAGGUUUUCUCAUCUUGGAAAUAUGACAAAACACUCUGUUGUCCACACAGACAAGAAACCAUUUACUUGUGCAGUGUGUGGCAAAAGUUUUUCUCAACAUGCACAUCUCAGGGCACAUUCUGUUACCCAUACAGGGGAGAAACCAUUUAGUUGUUCAGUUUGUGGAAAAAGUUUUUCUCAUCAUAGAUAUCUGAAGGCACACUCUGCUGUCCACACAGGGGAGAAACCAUUUAGUUGUUUAGUUUGUGGUAAAAGUUUUUCUUCUAAUGGAAAUCUAAGCAGACACUCUUUUGUCCACUCAGGGAAGAAACCGUUUAGUUGUAGUGUUUGUAAUCGGACAUUCACUCGACUUCAGCAUGUUAGGAAACACAAGUGUGCUAGUGAGAGCAGUCAAAAUGAAAACAGAUCUCAAGAUACUCAUCAAAUGUGACUUUCAAGUACAGAGGCAAAGCCUUACAUUUGCUACUUUAAAAACAAUAUUUAUUUUAGAGUCGACACAAGAUACCUUAGCCAUAAGAAAGGGGUAAGUGUCAGAGUCUCCAAACUCAGUUAAAUCCUUACUGUCCUUAUUGUCACAUUGGAACCCUCCUUCACCAGUAUUUCAUUCAGUUAGUUCCACAACACCUCCAGAGGGCUGAACAUUGAUCUAUAGUGUCCCAGAGCCACUCACCUCCAUGCUAGCUCUCAUAAUGCCAACAAGGAGACACUCUAAACUACCUACCCUACCACAUGGCCAUCAAACCCAAACAGCAAUGCCAUCUUCAACAGACCCAGGCUCCAUACAUGCAAGCUCCAAGUGGUCUGAUGCUACCUACCACAUGCAGAGCUAGGGUGAGGUGCCCUGACUCAGGCUAUAAUUUAUCCCCCCACAAGACUAGACUGAUGCUUUUCCUCCUCCUACGCCUUCUUUUUCAUGACGGAUGGCAGGAAAGAAAAGGAAAGAGCAGAGUAUGAGGAAAGAAACCUACAGAUACUGGGCUUUGCCACGUCACCCUUGGCCCUGAACUGCUCCAUCCUCCCGAUGGCCAUCCUCCAGGCCUAUUCCAGGCCAUGACCCCAUCCCAGCUGACCCCAGGUAUGCAAAGUCUUCCUGAAGAGGAGUCACGUUGCAGGCCCCGACUCAGACCGACUGCCUCAUGUCGAGUGGAAACACUUGAGAGCCAGUUGCAGCACAGGCAGCAAUGUUCAGCCUACAUUUUCUAUGCUGGAAUUUCUGAGUACUCCCUUAUAUGGGUUAUUCAAUUGUAGGUGUCUUCAUGUGGUGAUGUUUGGUGGUGCAAACCUUGCAUCCUUCUGCUCCGACGGCAAGGGACACCAGACCGCCUGUCAGCUGGAUUAGCAGCUGCUGUAGCCAUAUAGUUCCAUCUCUUUGAAAGCCAAGGGAAUCCUCAGCAGAUCCCAGUAAACUGUAUUUUUGGACAAUUCUCCCUACAGCAACUUUUGCCAUCUUUUGUCUUUUCCUUUCUUUGGUAGCCUGCUGAUAUUUGUUCCUGGUGUCUUUAAUCAAGGAUACAGAAAAGUCUUUCUGAUUAACUUCACUGGCCAAUUUGCUGUUCUCUUUUUCAAUCAUGUUUCUGUCUUCUGUUGACCUUGUCCUCAUCUUCUGAUGUUGCCUGCAGACAACGGCAAUAAAUUAGUCACCACUUCUUUGAUGGCACUUAAAAUGGCAAGCAGCCAUUAACUUUAUUCAUUUCCGACCCUUAAAACUAUCACGUGCAACUUCAAUAGAUAAGGGUACUUAAUCUCUGCUAGUUUUCUUAAUUCAAAGAGGAAAUUCUCUAUCUCAAACACUGAACCUUGACAUUCUCACUUUCGUUGCAGCUCUGGGGCACUUUGAAUUUCACAUUACCUGGUCAGAUUUUUUUAAAGAAUAAUCUAUGAUGAAAUACUUCAAACAUGGACAAUAUAAUUAUUCUACUGGGAAAAUACUACAUACAUAAAUGCAAAUAGGAUAACCACAAACCCUCCAUAGUCUUUUUAAAAGUAAAUGUCAGCUGUCUGUUAAACUGGCUGAAAAAAACAGUUUCUCAAAAAACUAUUUGAAACCAUGUCUUUUUUUUUUCUAAAACUUGAAUAAUUUAAUUUUAAUGAUCAGGUAACACAUUUCCCCAUCAAUAACACAUGGAUAUUCAACAUCUGAUUCCUGCUUUUUGUUUAUUUUGUACCCCAAGUAUUUAUGUAACAAACAUAUUUUUUUGUUACAUAAUAAAGUGUUGUUUUCCCUCACACAUAAUAAAAGGUGUCUUCCUAAAUGAGGAUGUCAUGGAUGAUGUCUUGUUAUUUUUAAGGAGGGAUGGUGGAUAUCUUAAGGCCCUUCUUCCCAGCUUGUUCAUUUGACCAGGCAGCCAGCUCAAGAAGAACCUAGGCUGUGCAAAACUUCUUCAAUUUGAUGAUAAUGAGAACUUUUUGCUGCUUUUGGCCAAUUGUAGUCAUUUCCCACUCAUUUUCCCCCACCUUUUUGCUGCU